AUGGCGGAGGUGGGGGGAGUCUUCGCCUCCUUGGACUGGGACCUGCACGGCUUCUCCUCGUCUCUGGGGAACGUGCCCUUAGCUGACUCCCCGGGUUUCCUGAACGAGCGCCUAGGCCAGAUCGAGGGGAAGCUGCAGCGCGGCUCGCCCACAGACUUCGCCCACCUGAAGGGGAUCCUGCGGCGCCGCCAGCUGUACUGCCGCACCGGCUUCCACUUGGAGAUCUUCCCCAACGGCACUGUGCAUGGCACCCGCCACGACCACAGCCGUUUCGGAAUCCUAGAGUUUAUCAGCCUGGCUGUGGGGUUGAUCAGCAUCCGGGGAGUGGAUUCUGGCCUAUACUUAGGAAUGAACGAGCGAGGAGAACUAUAUGGGUCGAAAAAACUCACACGUGAAUGUGUUUUCCGGGAACAGUUUGAAGAAAACUGGUACAACACCUAUGCUUCAACCUUGUACAAACACUUGGACUCGGAGAGACAGUAUUAUGUGGCCUUGAAUAAAGACGGCUCACCCCGGGAGGGAUACAGGACUAAACGACACCAGAAAUUCACUCACUUUUUGCCCAGGCCAGUAGAUCCUUCUAAGUUGCCUUCCAUGUCCAGAGACCUCUUCCGCUAUAGGUAA